AGGCUGGAGGUGCCCACUCAUCCAUUGGGAUGGGUAGCGGGACGGGCAUGCGCGGGACGGGGCAGGCUGGAGGUGCCCACUCAUCCAUUGGGAUGGUUAGCGGGACGGGCGUGCGCGGGACGGGGCAGGCUGGAGGUGCCCACUCAUCCAUUGGGAUGGUUAGCGGGACGGGCGUGCGCGGGACGGGGCAGGCUGGAGGUGCCCACUCAUCCAUUGGGAUGGUUAGCGGGACGGGCGUGCGUGGGACGGGGCAGGCUGGAGGUGCCCACUCAUCCAUUGGGAUGGGUAGCGGGACGGGCGUGCGCGGGACGGGGCAGGCUGGAGGUGCCCACUCAUCCAUUGGGAUGGGUAGCGGGACGGGCGUGCGCGGGACGGGGCAGGCUGGAGGUGUCCACUCAUCCAUUGGGAUGGUUAGCGGGACGGGCGUGCGCGGGACGGGGCAGGCUGGAGGUGCCCACUCAUCCAUUGGGAUGGGUAGCGGGACGGGCGUGCGCGGGACGGGGCAGGCUGGAGGUGCCCACUCAUCCAUUGGGACGGUUAGUGGGACGGGCGUGCGCGGGACGGGGCAGGCUGGAGAUGCCCACUCAUCCAUUGGGAUGGUUAGCGGGACGGGCGUGCGCGGGACGGGGCAGGCUGGAGGUGCCCACUCAUCCAUUGGGAUGGUUAGCGGGACGGGCGUGUGUGGGACGGGGCAGGCUGGAGGUGCCCACUCAUCCAUUGGGAUGGUUAGCGGGACGGGCGUGCGCGGGACGUGCGCGCCGCUUGUGGGACAGGCUGUUGCUUUUCUCGUGCAAGCGAAUGGAUUGCACCUUUCAGCCCUACGCCGUUCCGCGCUGGGAGGGCUGCUAGCGGGCGGCUGUAGGGCCGAUGGGCACCUCACCCGAGCUGCUGGAGCCGCUGCAGGGGGGAAAUGCCGGGAUGCCACAGUCCCCGCUUCAGAGCCCUAAAUAAAGCCCCUGCACUCAAGGAUCUGCCACGGGGCCUUGAGGCCUAGCAUCACUAGCAGGCUGCAGCCUUUCUAAAUUUAGCUCCCGCUGUGUGUGGCAUGCGACUGAAACGGACUCACUCGUAAUAAGCCAGCCGCCCGCCCGCCCCCGGGAAUGCCUCCAGAUUGGCAGCUGUCACUCCACCGCAUGGCGGGAUUAUGUGGGUCAAUGGUAGGGCUGCGAUCUCAGGGCCGCCUUGUGCGAAGCGCCGUCCCUACAGGUACCCAGCCGCUCCCCGGGGCGGCCCUGUUAAACGUUUCUCUUUCCGACCGGCCGGGUUCCUUCAGUUCGGCGUUUGUGUCUCCCGGCGGCAGCGACUAGCAGGAAGCAGCGUCAUUAGGAGCGUGUUUGUUGGCAAACGUCUCUGUGCACGGUGGAAAAGGAAAGGCAGAAGGCCCGGUU